UAAUAAUAUGAAUCGAAAGAAAAAUACAACAUCAGUACCUACAUUACCUUAGAGUAAAGUAAACCCAUAACUUUUGGCUCCUCCUCCAUAAUAAUUGAGUCCAAAUCAAUCAUAUUCAACAUUUAUCCCACCUGAACCUAAAUUCGAUCCAAACGAUUAUAUAACAGGAACAACAACUAAAAGAGAUAUCAUUUUAUAUAAGGAAAUAUUUGAUUUUUUGGAUUCAAAUAACAAUGGAGUUAUUUAACCUAUGGAUUUGAGAAAAGCAUUUGCAAGUGCUGGUAAAUAUUAACCAAAAAAAUAAAUAAUUUAUUAAAUGAUUGCUGACUUCGAUUAAGAUCAAAGUGGUAUAAUUGAAUUUAGAGAAUUUGUAAGAAUGAUGUCCAUGCAUCCAGGAGAAAAAGAUACUGAUGAAGAUUUUGAAAAUGUUUUUUAUCAAUUUGAUUUAGAUUAUAAAGGUACUUAAUAACCAAAUAUUAUAGGUUAUAUAACUGUAGAUGAUCUAAGAGAGAUGGCAUCAGAAUGCAAUGAAAAUUUAAAAGAUGAAGAAUUAUAAAGUAUAAUUUAGGCUUGUGAUCCUGAAGGAAAUGGCACAAUUAGAAAAUAACCAUUUAUAAGGUAUAUGAAAAGUUUACAAAAGAAAAGAUGA